AUGGCAACCUGGGUUUGGAUCGCGCUAUUCAUCUUUGUGCUCAUCCUCGUCGUGGGAUCCUACCUCUACCUCCAGACGAUGCGCUCGGUCACGAGCUCGGGCGGCGAAGCAAUCGACGCAUCGGAAUCGAUGGAUGCCCGCACCAAUGUGGGAUUGCAUGCCCUUCCGCGGUUUCGCUCUCACACCACCGCUAUGUCUUCCGCCAACAAGCACGCCCUCACUUCUGAGAUUAUUGAGGCCCUGGCUCGCGCCACCGCGCCGUCAUCGCAGGGGGACGUGUGGGUGAGACCCUACGAGGCACCGGCCGAGUCCGACGAGAGGCACCAGUUCGUGCUCUUCCUCAAGCUGGAGGUGGUCACGCCGCACCGUAAGACGGCGGAUGUCCCCGCCAUCAUCGAUUCGGCGCUCGACACCAUUUCCGGAUUUGGGCCGACGACCGUCCACGCUGUGCGCGUGCUGUCGGGCGCCUACGUGUCCAAGCUGGGCCUUAUUGAGGAACACUAUGGAGUCAUCAACGCCGUCUACAAUCGCGGUGUUGACGCGCUCACUCUUCAGGCGCUGGACACGCUCAACCGCCUGUUCGAAAAGGAGCUCGACAACGGAACUCGGGUGGUCGGUGGAUGUGAGUUCAAGGACAUGUAUCCAGGGCAGUUCAGCUCCCUGGUGAUGCACACACUCAAUCAGAGCGUUGGCACCCAGCGUCUCGGUCUGGGCGCCUACACCACCAAGGUCAAGGUGCUCGACGCGUCCUUGAUUGUGCUCAACAUCUUCUAUGAGUACCAGCUUGAACCCUACUCAUGA